GUUUACAGCAGAGAUUCCACGGAGGAGCGGAGACCCACAGCCUGCUGCUUCCACCGAAGGCGAACCGCUUGGAUUUCAGCCUCUGGAUAUACACGCCACGGGAGUUUUGUUCUCUCUAUUUUUAUGAGGAUAAAAGCAAAACAACAAACACUCGUAAAAAAGGACAACUCCUUGGGUUUAUUCUCCCUCCCACCCCGGCCGAGGUCGUCUAGCUGGAGCGAGCUGGAGACCCAUUCUCCUGCGUGGCACAAGUCUAGUGUUUUCUUUCAGCUGCAAAUCCCGACUGACGGCGGAGAUAAGUCCAAGCUGGGGAGCUGGAAAAUCGGUUUAAAAACGUCUUCUCAACGCCGGGGAUCGAGAGCCUGUGCUGGCUGAAUGGCAUAAGCAAAAAGAGGGGGUUUCAUUCAUUUUCAGCCUCCCAGCCACCACCCCUGUGGACCUGGACGUGUUUUCAGCCCCUCUCCUCCCCUCAUGCACAGGCGAGCGACACUGGCGUUACUUUAAAAUGCUGAUACAGGCUUCUAUUAACACAUUUUAAUUCUUACAUUUUUCAACACACCGGGCCUGGUCGCACUGAACGCGCACUGCUGUUUUCUAGAGAUGGAGACUGAAGAUGGGGAUUACCAUCAUUUAUCCACUAAAAUCACUGGCUUGUGUGCCAUACAAUCCGACGUCAAAGUAUCUUUUGAUUGGAAAAAAUAGCAGACUGUUUUAGCAUUUUUUUUUUGUUCACCAGAGGAAUUCCCUUUUCUUACAAUCCAUACAUUAAAUUAUACGGUUAUUUUCUCAGAGCAAAUAAUCGUAUAACGAGAACCAAGCAUUUGCAAGUUACCACAGGGUAGCCCUUCGGGCUACACAUUUACUUUAACCUGUGUCCAUUUCAAGGAUUGUUUUUAAAGAGGAUAUUACAAUUUGGAUCAUAAGGAUUUUUAGGAGGCAAAUAAUGUCGAGGAACAUGAGAUCUGACACACCGACCUUGUUUUGGGGACUGAUGCUGUCUGUCUCCACCAUCUGCAUCUGGUCCACACAUGGAGAGAUCUGUGGUCCGAGUAUCGACAUCCGAAAUGAUAUCAGUGAGUUCAAGCGGCUGGAGAACUGCACGGUUGUGGAAGGGUACCUGCAGAUCCUCCUCAUCAACGACAAGACCAAUAACAUCCACCAGGAAGUCUUCCGCUCCCUCAGCUUCCCAAAGCUGACCGUCAUCACAGAUUACCUGCUGCUGUUUCGUGUCUCGGGUCUGGACAGUCUCAGCGUGCUCUUCCCCAACCUGAGUGUCAUCCGUGGGCGCAAUCUCUUCUACAACUACGCCCUGGUGAUCUACGAGAUGACGAGCCUGAAGGACAUCGGCCUGUACAACCUGAGGAACAUCACCCGUGGAGCCAUGCGGAUUGAGAAGAACCCAGAGCUCUGCUACCUGGACUCAGUGGACUGGUCUCUUAUUAUGGAUGCUGAGUUCAACAAUGUUAUCAAUGGGAAUAAGAAGGCGAAGGAAUGCGAUAAUGUCUGCCCCGGCAUGAUGGAGGAUAACCCUCUUUGUAAGAGGACUUCGUUUAAUGAGAAGUACGACUACCGCUGCUGGACAUCCACCAAGUGCCAGAAAGUUUGCCCUGAUCACUGCAAGCUCGCCUGCACAGACAGAGGGGAGUGUUGCCACAGCCAGUGCCUGGGCAGCUGCACUGAACCCAACAAUGACCUGGCCUGCUCCGCCUGCCUCCACUACCACCACGAAGGUCGCUGCGUGCAGGACUGUCCCACUGACACCUACAAGUUCGAGGGCUGGCAGUGCAUCACCAUGGACUUUUGUUCCCAAGUGCACCUGCCCGGCGACAAUCACUUUGUCAUCCACGGGGGAGAGUGUAUGCCUGACUGCCCGCCUGGCUUUACACGCAACGAGACCAAUCGAAUGUUUUGCAGCGCCUGUAACGGCCCUUGUGAUAAGCCCUGCACAACCUCUGUCAUCGACUCUGUGGAUGCUGCUCAGCUCCUCAAGGAGUGCACCGUCAUCGAAGGCAACCUGGACAUCAACAUCCGCCGUGGAAAUAACAUAGCGUCUGAGCUGGAGAGCUUCAUGGGAUUGAUCCAGACAGUGACGGGCUAUGUGAAGAUCCGACACUCCCACGCACUUGGCUCGCUGUCCUUCCUCAAGAGCCUGCGUUACAUCAAUGGGCAGGAACUCAUCGACAAUAUGUAUGCAUUCUCUGCUAUCAACAACCAGAACCUGCAGUAUCUGUGGGACUGGAAUCAGCACAAUCUGACUAUCCUAACUGGACGAUUGUUCUUCCGCUUGAACCCCAAACUCUGCAUGUCUGAGAUCCACAAAAUGUGGGAUAAGACGGGCAUCACUGUGAAACCAGAGGAAGGAGAUUUCCGGAACAAUGGUGAAAGAGCAAGCUGUGAAAGUCAUAUCCUCAAAUUUAAGUCUAACUUCACAACAAGCCAUACAAUCAGGAUGAUGUGGGAGCGUUACCAGCCGCCAGACUACGGAGACCUCAUCAGCUUCAUCAUCUACUACAAGGAAUCCCCUUUCCAGAACAUCACAGAGUUUGACGGCCAGGACGGCUGCGGCUCCAACAGCUGGCACAUGGUGGAUGUGGAUCUCCCUCAGGAAAAAAACUCUGACCCAAAAGUCACUCUCCCACACCUCAAGCCCUGGACUCAGUACGCUAUCUUUGUGAAGGCCAUCACCCUGCAGGUGGAGGACAAACACAUUGCUGGGGCGAAGAGUGAGAUAGUCUACAUCCGCACACGCCCAUCACUGCCUUCCAUGCCCAAAGACCCACGUGCAUUUGCCAACUCCUCGACCAAGCUGCUGGUGAAGUGGUCACCUCCAGCCUUUCCCAACGGCAAUUUGACGUACUAUAGGAUCCUCUGGCAGCGUCAGGCUGAAGACAGAGAACUUUACCAACACAACUACUGCUCAAAAGAGCUAAAGAUCCCAAUCCGUAUCCCGGCCACGGGUCUCACAGACAUGGAGGACAGCACCAAGCCCACCAAGUCGGACCUAGCAGGAGCAGAUAAGGGUCCGUGCUGUGCUUGCCAGAAGACGCCCGAGGAGAAAGACAGAGAGAAGGAUGACCGCGUCUUCUUUAAAGUUUUUGAGAACUUCCUGCACAAUGCCAUCUUUCUGCCAAGACCUCCUGAUCGCAAGCGUAGAGAUGUUUUUGGCGCGGCUAACAACACACUGUUGAAUGAGCUCGGUGGCAGAGGGAACACCACCUUUGGCCCGAUUGAAAACAGCACAGAUGGAAUUCCUCCAAUAAGGGAGUAUGCAUUCUUAGAAGACAAAAUCACCUCUGAAUAUUUAGAGAUUUCCAACCUACGACCCUUCACUGUGUACCGUAUCGACCUCCAUGCCUGUAAUGAAGAAGUGGGCCGAUGCAGCGCUGGAUCCUUCGUCUUCUCCAGGACCAAACCUGCAGCCAGAGCAGAUGACAUCCCAGGAAAGGUGAUCUAUGAGAGGAGCGACAAGGUGGAGGGUUGUGUGUUGCUGCACUGGCCGGAGCCCGUCAUGCCCAACGGAGUCAUCCUGAUGUAUGAGAUCAAGUUCCGUCUGGGGAGCGAGUCUGAGAAACACGAGUGUGUGUCGCGGCAGCAUUAUCGCGAGCACAGAGGAGCAAGGCUGACCAACCUGGGCUCUGGGAAUUACUCUGCUCGUGUGCGUGCCACCUCUCUCGCAGGAAAUGGCUCCUGGACGGAGAGCGUGUUCUUCUAUGUGCCACCACCGAAACGAGACGACGGUGUUACGUUUUACCUGGUCAUCAUAAUUCCCAUCAUCGUGACACUUUUCAUCGCCAGCCUCACCACCAUUCUUUUCUUUGUGAACAAAAAGAGGAACAGUGACAGACUGGGGAAUGGAGUCCUUUAUGCAUCUGUGAACCCAGAAUACUUCAGUGCUGCUGAAAUGUAUGUCCCCGAUGAAUGGGAGGUGGCCAGAGAGAAGAUCACCAUGCACAAAGAGCUGGGUCAGGGCUCCUUUGGCAUGGUGUACGAAGGCAUCGCCAAGGGGGUCGUCAAGGAUGAACCCGACACACGAGUAGCCAUCAAGACAGUCAAUGAGUCUGCAAGCAUGAGAGAGCGCAUUGAGUUUUUGAACGAAGCCUCAGUCAUGAAGGAGUUUAACUGUCACCAUGUGGUGCGGCUGCUGGGCGUGGUCUCUCAGGGACAGCCAACAUUGGUGAUUAUGGAGCUGAUGACCCGUGGAGAUCUAAAGAGCUAUCUUCGAUCCUUGCGCAAAGAAAACUCCACCAGCCAGGUCCUACCCCCGCUCAAAAAGAUGAUCCAGAUGGCAGGGGAAAUAGCCGACGGCAUGUCGUACCUAAAUGCCAACAAAUUUGUCCACAGAGAUCUGGCUGCCAGGAACUGCAUGGUAGCAGAGGACUUCACUGUGAAGAUUGGAGAUUUUGGCAUGACGAGAGAUAUUUAUGAGACGGAUUACUACAGAAAAGGAGGAAAGGGCCUGCUGCCCGUUCGCUGGAUGUCUCCAGAGUCACUGAAAGAUGGCGUGUUCACCACCAUGUCUGAUGUCUGGUCAUUUGGUGUGGUGCUGUGGGAAAUCGCCACCUUAGCAGAACAGCCGUACCAGGGCAUGACAAAUGAGCAAGUGCUGCGCUUUGUCAUGGAGGGAGGGCUCUUGGACAAACCUGAUAACUGCCCUGACAUGCUGUUUGAGCUGAUGAGGAUGUGCUGGCAGUAUAACCCCAAAAUGCGUCCGUCCUUCCUUGAAAUCAUCAACAGCAUCAAAGAGGAUCUGGAUCCUCCCUUCAGGGAAGUGAGCUUCUUCUACAGCGAGGAAAACAAGCCGCCGGACACCGAGGAACUGGAUAUGGAGGUCGAAAAUAUGGAGAACAUUCCACUGGACCCUGCAUCCACCAGGCAGCCCUGUUCAGCUGCCACCCCAUUAUCGGGGUGUACGGGAGGCACGCCGCCUCCGUCUACGCAGCAGUUAUCCCCCAUGCAAGGCCAGAGUACUCCAUUACUGGGACCUGUAUCUCCCUCCUCCCCGGGCCCGAUGGCCUCAGGCUUGGUGUCUCCAGGCCAAUCAUUGGACAAGCACUCAGGACAUGUUUCGGCCAACGGGCCUGUGGUGGUGCUACGGCCCAACUUUGAUGAGAUACAACCCUAUGCACACAUGAACGGGGGCAGAAAAAAUGAACGUGCGUUACCACUGCCCCAGUCGUCAGCCUGCUGAUACCAGACCAUCCCCUCCUCCUCCUCUUCCUCUUACACAGGGUAACACAAACCUCCCCUUCAUCUCACAAUGAGGGAUGGGUGAGGUAAGCAAAGAUUUUCUCUGCUGUGUGCCAGUAGAUUGUCUCUCCACUCCUUAAAGGUCAAAAACAAUCUCUAAAAACUGAAAAAUAGCACAGAAACCUGCUAGAGCAUUUGGAGUUUGGUGGCUCAGACUCAACACUGGGGAACUCCUUCCUGUGCAGCCUGUACUCCAGACUUUGUUACAAGUCAUUAAAGAAGGACAACAACACAGGCAUGUACCCUGACUUACAGAUUCAGACAGAAAAAUCUUUUUUUAGCAUAUCUGCCAGCAAAUCCAACAGAAGAGCACUUUUUUCCUCAAGAUUUCAGAGAGGAUGUCGUGGAUAUCUGAGUGUGUAUUUAUACAAACACGUGAUUCUCUUUAUAAUACGGUAUAGUUCCAUUUCUGAAUGACUUUCCAUCAAAAGACUUUGUUUGCAUGACCAGACUGGCUCAUGUCAUGUGAGGAUGCCUCAAUUAUAAUGCUUGGACGAGAAAGAUGUUUUCAUUUUCCUGUUGAUAUUUCUAUGGGUGUAGAUCCCGACAGGAGCAGGUCAAAAGCUGAAGAGUAGGGCCUAUUGUGUAUCUGCCAAACUAUUGCCAAAUCAAGCUUUUACUCAAAUUUCAAAUAGGUUGCCCUUCUUGUUUAAGGCUGUGAUUCAGAGUUCAGACACAUCUGUUGGUUGAAUAAUACCAAAACUGUUUGGAGGUUUUCUGACUUCAUGCUUAUCUCUUGUGCUAAUUGCUUCUGGUGCAGCUGUUUGUGGUUGGUGCAUGACAGUGUUAUUGUAGAGAUGGGCUGCAGUCAUAGUGUUCUCACAAUAUGCAGCGUCUGCAAAGAGGAUGUAGUACAUCAACAGUCAGUCUCUAUGAAGUGAAACGCACAGGCAAGACUGUUUAAUGCUUCCUUUGAAUCAGUUG